AUGUCAAAUAGAACUAUUGAUCCAGGAGUAUCGAUUAAAACUUAUGAUGUUCUUAAUUUUGAUGUCAGAAAAGUUAAAUCUCGCUCGUCAAAUAUUGUUAGUGCAUUAACAACCAGUCAGUCUCUUCCUCAAUCAGUCAUAAACGAUGAUUUUGUUAAAAAAAGUGAAGUACCACCUUAUGAUAUUCACCAACGUGAAGCUAAACGACAACGACAAUCGGAACGAAGUAAAACCAAAGGUAAAAAUUGGUUUCAUAUGCCUGCACCGGAAAUGACUGAAGAAAAGAAAACUGAUCUUAUGGCCAUUCAAAUGCGCGGCGGUUUAUAUGCUGAUAAGUUUUUCAAAAAAGGAAGUGAUACGAAAGGACUUCCAAAAUACUUUCAAACCGGUACUGUUGUUGAUAAUCCAGCUGACUUCUAUCGGCGCAUUCCGAAGAAAGAUCGCAAGAAAACAAUUCUUGAAGAACUUUAUGAUGAUGUUAAAGUUAGAAAAUUCAGCAAAAAACGUUACGUUGAACUUAAAGAAAAAAAUCGUCGACGUAUUGCUUCUAUUCAACAUUCGAAACGUUUAAAACAUAAAAAGAAAUGA